ACAAACCCCACCAAACACACACAAAAACACCCAAAACAAACACAAAAAACACCUUGGAACAAACAAACCACCCAAAAAUCAACCACAUAAUCAACCCUAAACCUAAAAAUCCUUAAAUAAAGCAUAAAACCAUAAAACGAGGCGAGUGCCACCGUACGACAACUCCUCCUGAAGGCCGCGGCAGCAAGGGAGAGAGAAAGGGAGGAGAGAGAGAAAAGGGAGAAUGCUGGCGUAAGGGAGAGGCAGGGAGCAUGGAGGCACCUGUAAAACGCCAAUAUGUAGUGCCAAGCUGAGUGCCACAAUGAGGAUGAAAUGUACUUAUCGCCUCCUUUUCCUUCUCACGAUCACCUUCUCCCUCCUCCUCCUCCUUGGGACCACGGGGAAUGUUUUCACUAUUUUUACGUUAUUUUCCUGCCAUUCCUUCCCACCCCGCUAUUCCCUCCUGAACUCCACUCCUGCACAUCCUAUCUCGAGUCCUGCGCCUUCAAAGGAUCCCCAGAAGCUUGUGUUGCCGUGGAAAAGUGUAAAAAGUGAGGCUGUUGUGUCAUCUCCCAGCACCCAGCAUCUUCGGCAUCAUGUCAUCUCCAGGAUGGUGUUGGCGGUGGUGUGCUGCGGCGAUCGGGUCAACGAGACAAGGACGAUGCUUAAGUCUGCAGCAGCACUCAGCAGAACAGCACUGACCAUGGUUGUGUUCACCGAGGAGGCGCUCAAACCAGCCUUCCGGGAGAUGCAUGCGACGUGGCCCCCUGAGGUACGUCGGCGCAUCACCCUGGACCUGCAUAGCAUCACCUUCCCCCCGGGCCAGGACGCGGCCGCCUGGAGGAAGCUGUUCAAGCCCUGCGCAUCACAACGACUUUUCAUGCCGUCCCUCCUGAAAGAAAUCGAUGCUCUCAUAUAUGUGGACACAGACACCCUCUUUCUGGCCCCCCUGGAAGAGCUCUGGGGCCACUUCUCGGCCAUGAACUCCUCGCAGAUGGCAGCCAUGGCCCCGGAGCACGAGGACCUGGCCACGGGAUGGUAUAAUCGGUUCGCCAAGCACCCGUUCUAUGGCCGAUUAGGCGUCAACUCCGGGGUGAUGCUGAUGAACCUGACCCGCCUCCGUGGCUUCGGGUGGGAGGAGUACGUGGUCCCCAUCUACCGAUACUACCGCCUGGCCAUCACGUGGGGCGACCAGGACAUCAUCAACAUCAUCUUCCACUUUCAUCCGGACAAGCUCUACGUCUACGGCUGCGAGUACAAUCUCCGCCCCGACCACUGUAUGUACAUGAGUGUUUGUCGCACGGCCGAGACGCACGGCAUCUUCGUUCUGCACGGAAACAGGGGCACCUUCCACAACGCCAAGCAGCCAGCGUUCAGGGCCGUCUACCGCGCGUGGGAGCAGUUCCAGCUCGGCCAGGACCUUCGCCAAGACCUGUACUACCCCAUGCAGCGCUUCCUCCUGGCCACCACCAACACCACCUGCGGGAAGAUGCACGCGGCCUUCCUCAAAAUGCUCAGCUCCUCCGUGCGGCUGAGAUGACCCCAAGGAAGGAUGGCAGCCCUAGGGUUCGGUGACGUUUGCGUGUGUCUAUGUUGGCCUUAUUGUCAUUAUGGGGGAGGAGAGGAGAGAGAUGAAGAGGGCAAGACGAGGAUAGUGUUCAAGGUUGUGGAUUAUCGGUUUAUCUUGCACAAUGAGGAAGAUGAUAGUGAUGAAGAUAAAGAUAGUGUUUUUUUUUUUUUUUUUUUUUUUUUUUUUUUUUUUUUUUUUUACAGCAAAGGAAACAGCUCAAGGGCGAAAAAAAGGAAACAAUAAUGAAAAAAAGCCCGCUACUUACUGCUCCUAUAUAAAAGAGUAAACAGGAGUGGUCGAAAAAGAUGAAAGUGAUUGACAGAGUAAUGGAGAUGAUGUCUAUUAAUAUUACGAGGAAAGGGAUCUCAUUCACGGCUAAGCGAAAUAACGUAAGAUUAGCUAAAAAAAAUAUCUGACUUCUGGCAUUUAAGAUAAGAGUUUUUAAAGGUCGUCGCCGAUUUUAUUUAUUUUUAUUUUAUUUAUGUCUUAUCUUUUACCGAUAUACUUUUGUUUGGUUUGUUUGUGUUACCAGUUCUGAUUUAUUUCUUGUUUUUUGUUAAUAUGGACAUUUUAUUUUGUUACAGACAUACUUUAUUUUCACGAGUUGUUGCUGGAGUUGAUAUGUACCGAUGGACGUGUACGUAUGUGCAUGUAUGUAUGUAUUUAUGUGCGGGGCCAGAUUUAAGUGGACUCUGGGAUCCUAGAAAUACCUGGGGCUUGGUCUGGGUCUCGGCACAGUGGACUUUCGCUCUUUACUAACAGAACUGUGCUGCAUCUCGGGACUUAUUUCUCAAAGCCUAAACUUAUAACCAUUCAACAGGACUGACUUGGUGACAUAUUUUUCAAAGCCUGAAUUUAUAACCAUUCAACAGGACUGGGUUGGUGACUUAUUUUUCAAGCCUGAACUUACAACCAUUCAACAGAACCUCCUUGGUGACUUAUUUUUCAAAGCUUAUUAACCUGGCAACUUCGGCGGACCCCAUUUGGAGCUCCCGCGAGUCGAUCCGCUGAAACGGCAGACCCCAUUUGGGGCUCGGCUCAAAACCCCUAAUUCAAGCUAACUGUAGGCGGUGGCGGCAUAGAGCAACCCACCAUGCAUGCCCUGUGUCAUUGUGGUGGGUGGGUGAUCUUGAGGUGGGCUUAUUUGUCAUAGGUGGUGCUGUAAGGUCAUGGCAGACUGAAUUAGCUAUCCAUACAGUAAUCACUUGUCAAAUUCUCUAAAGUAGACAACAAGCGACUCUCGGCUAGACUGAAUUAGCUAUCCAUACAGUAAUCACUUGUCAAAUUCUCUAAAGUAGACAACAAGUGACUCUCAGCUAGAUGCCACGUGUCACGAGACUGUUUAUUUUGUAACAAACACCACCCAAAAAGAAUGGAGUUUGAGUAUAAGUAAAUAUUUUUAACGGCUUUAUGGUUGUGAGAGGAGUACUCUGAUAUACGUUCCAUGCUCUUUUCUUAGUCUCAAAAUGCAGUAUAAUGUUGACGUUUCUCGGCCACUUCUCGGUUUUCCUAUUGCCGAAGCCUACAGGUUAAAUUCCCUCUGUGGUCAUGGUACCCAAAUACAGUAAACCUAAUAAUAAUGUCUGAUAACUGGCAUACAUUCGGCGGACACAUUGACAAACAAGGAAGAAUUGAGUGUGAUUGAAAUAGCAUGAUCAACUUUACUUAUAUGACCUUAGCAAAUAGCCCAUAAAGAACAUUAGGCCCAGAGUCAAAUCCAUUAAUCUGGCCCUUCGUAUUUAUGUAUGUAUGUGUAUAUGUAUGUAUGUAUGGAGAGACAGAGAGAGAGAGAGAUUUGACAUAUAUAUAUAGCAAUCCACAUAUACUCUCACCACAGUUAUCUAAUGCACUUUAACACAUUCCUUAUACCAAACACAUAUUUAUCACUUAUCUACACUCACCACUAAAUAACUUGACACUUGCGUAGUCUCCUAGCCACACCAACACAGUAAUCUUGCUCCACUAAAUCCGUUAACCCGUCUGCUGCGAUUAGCACAGAUUUCGCCUUCACUGGUAGCCUGGUAACAUAUACUCCCAGGUCUUUCUCUGCCUCUGGUGGAUAGUGGAGUGUUCCCCAUGUGGUAUUGGUAAGCUGGAUAUCCCCUCCCAAGGUGCAUGACUUUACAUUUUUCUUCACUGAAUUGUAGCAGCCACUUUUUGUUCCAUUCCUGUAGCUGGUGAUGUCUUCUUGUAGGAAAUCCGCAUCCAAGGAGUUAAGGCGGUUCAGCUCGGCCCAUGUAGCGGCUUUGGGCGUGAACAUAACCGCUGCCAACUCCUCGGAUAUAUCACCCCAAUGUUUUAGUUCCUGAUUACUUGAGUGUGUGCCAUACAGUUUCGGGUUAGCGUAUAUUUUUGUUUCAUAGAGAUAACGUAUAUUUAUUAUGACCUUAUUUGAGAGAGAGAAACAUAAGAGAGAUGUAUAUUGUAUCGUAAAAUGCAUCGCGAUUUAUUAUUAGGUUUAAGUAGUCAAGUAGAUUUAAUUAGGUAUGGUUUAGGGGGGUGGGAAAGAUUAGGUGAAGCUUAUGAUAGGGAAGGAAGGGGAGGUGGGAAAGAUUAGGAGAUGAAGAGAGAUAAUAGGGAAGGAAGGGGAAGGGGAGGAAGGUGCUGGCAAAGUUAUAGGUAGGUGAAGAGUGAUUAUAGGUAAGGAAGGGAAGAGGAGAAAGGUGCAGGGAAAGGUAUAGGGAGAUAGGAAAGAUUAGGAGAUGAAGAAGGAUAAUAGGGAAGGAAGGGGAGAAGGUGCUGGCAAAGGUAUAGGGAGGUGAAGAGUGAUUAUAGGUAAGGAAGGGAAGAGGAGGAAGGUGCAGGGAAAGGUAUAGGGAGAUAGGAAAGAUUAGGAGAUGAAGAAGGAUAAUAGGGAAGGAAGGGGAGAAGGUGCUGGCAAAGGUAUAGGGAGGUGAAGAGUGAUUAUAGGUAAGGAAGGGAAGAGGAGGAAGGUGCAGGGAAAGGUAUAGGGAGAUAGGAAAGAUUAGGAGAUGAAGAAGGAUAAUAGGGAAGGACGGGGAGACGGUGCUGGCAAAGGUAUAGGGAGGUGAAGAGUGAUUAUAGGUAAGGAAGGGAAGAGGAGAAAGGUGUAGGGAAAGGUAAGGGAGAUGGGAUAGAUUAGGAGGUGAAGAAUUUUAAUAGGGAAGGAAGGGAAGAGGGAGAAGAUGCAGGCAAUCGACAAAUCUAUAUAACAGUGAGUAACAUCGACAAUUGUGAUCUCGUUAGCAUCCCGUGCCAAGCUAAGGUAAAUAAGUGUGUGUCUGAUGAGUUGCCGUAUAGUGACGUGAAUAGUGACGAUAUUUUUUAUGAUUUUGUGACGACAGGUGUUGGUAAUAUACUUGCGAUUAUGUAUUAUCUGACCCACACACACACACACACACACACACACACACACACACACACACACAUACAGAUUAAGGAAAAGUUGGAUAAAUGUAGAUACGGAGACGGGACCACACGAGCGUAAAGUCCAGGCCCUGUAAAACCAUAACUAGGUAAAUACAACUAGGUAAAUAAAUACACACACACACACAUGCACACACACACACACACACACUCACACACACACACACACACACACACACACACACGCACACACACACAAUAUAUCCUUAAAAUGAAUCAUAAUUUUACCGUAAAGAAUAUAUAUACUCAUAGAAAGUCACACAUUAAUAUUCCUGAAGCAACGUAGCUACAGUUGAGUUGCCAUAGACAUAGUUAUAACUGUUCUACCAAUGUCUUCACUGCAGUCAGAGUAAUAGUCCCUGCCGGCCAACCAGUCCCUAAGCCCUGCCUUCUCCUCUUAAAGCCAUUAGUGACUGGCCGAAACCAUUUAUUGUUGACUUUGAUAGAAAAAAUAACCUGAACUAAAAAGUCAUUUCAUUAUUUUCUUUUUACUUUUUUUUUUCUUUUUAGCAGUCAAGGGCAAAAAAAUGAAAUAAAAACUAUUUCUAAAGGUCAAAGAGUGGGUCACUCGGGUUCUACUGAGUGUUCUUUUAGGUUUAUGUUACUGAAGAAGGGCAAAACUACCACCAGGGUCAUAAAACUACUACUGGAGAUGCCCUUAACUCACAUGAAAGCCUUGGCAAAUAUGUGAACUUGGGCGACAAAAUGUUUUAAAAUGUGACCCUCUAUCUGUGUCUCAAGGUGUCACGGUAGAGAGGGAGAGCGCAUCAAGGGACUGGGUGGGCUGCAGUAUAAGUUCACGGAUUUAGCAAAAGGAACACAAGUCCAACAAUGCCAGAUUAUCGUACUCAGAGCCUCGUAUAUACCGGUUUCUGAGUCAUAACUAUUCCCAAAAACCAUCAAUAAUUAACCAUUUUAACGAUAACUAUAUAUGAAACCAGUUAUUGGGGUCGAGGAGGCAGUUUUGGGGUCGGAAAUCGGGAAACAGGAGGCUGAGUAAGACAGUCGGGCAAUGUUGCACAAGUACUAUAUUGCAAUUGCCAUAGAAAUAUAAUUGAUAGUAGAGACGAAGAAAGCAAUAAUGAACAAAAUAAAUUAGUUUACGCAUAAGCGAGUCUAGUCAGUCGGGAGAGCAUUAGGAAAGUUUAUAUUCUUAGUUGUUCUGUUUUUCAUAUUCUACUUCGGUGAUUUUUUUAUAUAUAUAAUUGAUAUUUUGUACGAUAACUAUGUAUUUUUUUUUUUUUUUCUUUGGUGUUUGUUUUCUUUAUUUUGACAAGAUCUUUUAUUGGUUGUAUUCUCAUAAUUUGUUUUCUCAGCUAUUCAUCUUAUUUUAUUUCUUAUUUUUAGUAUUAACCCGGUAGCUGCAGGGAUCAUGUUUCUUAAAGGCGAGAAAAAUGAGAAAAAAAAUCAUCACUCACACAAACCAUUUCAUAAUAUAUAUCAACGCAUUUGUGAUCAGUUUAUGCAUCAUCUAUUUUUGGGGGGUUUAUAUCAUGGCAAAAAUUUGGCCCGUCACUGCUACACGGUAAAGCCACAAAUUUGGCCUGUCACUGGUACACGGUAAAGCCACAAAUUUGGCCUGUCACUGGUACACGGUAAAGCCACAAAUUUGGCCUGUCACUGGUACACGGUAAAGCCACAAAUUUGGCCUGUCACUGGUACACGGUAAAGCCACAAAUUUGGCCCGUCACUGGUACACGGUAAAGCCACAAAUUUGGCCUGUCACUGGUACACGGUAAAGCCACAAAUUUGGCCUUUCACUGCUACACGGUAAAGCCACAAAUUUGGCCUGUCACUGGUACACGGUAAAGCCACAAAUUUGGCCUUUCACUGGUACACGGUAAAGCCACAAAUUUGGCCUUUCACUGGUACACGGUAAAGCCACAAAUUUGGCCCGUCGCUGCUACCGGGUUAAUUUCUUCUAUUAUUUUUUAUAGUUUUUGUGUAUGUUAAUUGGUUGUUUUCUUUCUCCUAAUGUCUGAUUUAGUUUACAUUAAUAUAUUUGUAACGUCCAUUUUAUUAUGAUUAAGGUGUCUCAUUACAGCAGAAGUCCAUGGAUUCAAAUUCCCCAACAGUCACAAUUUUUUAAAGCAGGAAAAAAGUUAAAUUCUCACAUUAAAGAAAUCACAGUUGGGAAGAAAUAUAUCAACAGACUUUCAUUUAACGGCAUUUUCACUAAUUUGUGCGCACCUUUAAAAAUUAGUACUUAUGUCACACUGCUUUGCCAUUCACUCUGCUUGUAAAUCACACAUUCUGCCAUUCACUGAUACUCAUAAAAUACAUUCCACAUUACAUCCUACCCUUGAAUCACACAGUUUUGUAGUCAUUCCACCUAUGCAUCACACUAAACCCGUCCGCUGCGAUUGGCACGGAUUUGGCCUUCACUGGUAGCCUGGUAACAUAUUCUCCGAGGUCUCUCUCUGCCUCUGUGGUGGAUAGUGAAGUGUUUCCCAUGUGGUAUUGGUAUGCUGGAUAUCCCCUCCCAAGGUGCAGGACUCGACAUUUUUCUUCAUUGAAUUGUAGCAGCCACUUUUUGUUCCAUUCCUGUAGCUUGGUGAUGUCUUCUUGUAGGAAAUCCACAGUCAAGGAGUUAAUAUCACACUAUCCAGGACUACUAUAUUCUUCAUUAUAUAAGUACUAAUUGGCAAUGGUGUGUACAAAUAAGUGAAUGCAUCUUAUGACUGGUCUUUCCUGUACAGCAUCUUUGGCCCUUGAGCGUCGAGAGUGGUCUGUACGGUGGGGUCUGUAACGCCUUAUAUCCGAUGUCUUAUUCUUCAUGAGGCAGAUGUAUUUUGUGUCAUUAUUCAGUUUCGCCUCGUGGAAUUUAUUGAUCUUUUCUAUCACGAGGCAGCCAUAUGUAUGAUUUUUUUAACGCCUUGAACAAUGUCUUAUUCUUCUGUUACGAGGCAGCCAUAUUCAUUGAUUUAGUAACGCCUUCAACAUUGGUCGGUAUCAUGACACUUUCGCUUCCGACAUCAAAUAUUUCUAAAGGUCAAAGAGGGGGUCAGUUAGGUUCUAAUGAGUGUUCUUUUAGGUUCGUGGUAUAGAAGGACCAAACUCCCACCAGGGUCGUAAAACUACUCCUGGAAAUGCCCAAAACACCCACGAAAGCCUUGUCAAAUAUGCGAACUUGGGCGACGAAAUGUUUUAAAAUACGACCCAUUGUCUUAUUCUUCCAUCACGAGGCAGCCACGUUCUUUGAUUCAGUAACGCCUUAAACAAUCUAUCAUUCUUCACGAGGCAGCCAUAUUCUUUAAUUUAGUAACGCCUUAAACAAUGUCUAAUUCUUCUAUUGCGAGGCAGCCAUAUGUUCCGUGUGAUUAAUUUAUGUGCCGAAUCACGUAGGUUAGGCUUUUGUAUAGUUUAUAUUCUUGCAUAAAAAUAGAAAUGCU